AAGGAUGGAACACUUAACAUAUUGAAUUUGACAGUCCAGUUUAUUGUGUAGCAUCUAUUCAGAUGAGUUUUCAUCUUUUUACAGGCUAUGGGAAUAUAAUUCCAUUGACGACAGCUGGUCAAAUCUUCUGUGUUUUGUUUGCGCUUUUUGGUGUUCCCCUGAAUGUAGUGAUCCUAAAUAGAGUUGGAAAAUACAUGUUGGCAAUUGAAAGGAUUUGCAAUUUUCUGGAGAAAAAAAUUGAUAGAGGGAAAUGUGUACGAAUAUCCAUUCACAGUAUAUCUUUUGUGAGCUCAGCAUUUUUGUACUUUGUGGUUCCUAUGCUGCUUUUUAAAGAGUAUGAGGGAUGGAGUUACGCUGAAGCCAUUUAUUACUGCUUCAUAACACUCAGCACUAUUGGAUUUGGAGAUUAUGUUGCAGAUCACAAUCCAGAAAUAAACUACCCAGAGUGGUACAGUUGUUUGAUGGCAGUCUGGAUAUUCUUUGGACUGGCUUGGCUUGCUCUUCUCGUCAAUCACUCCAUUGAAUUACUGGAGAGCCUGAAUGCAUACAUGAGAGGAAGGCAGAAUGCACAAACACAAGUGGAGGAGUCCAAAGAACAGCCAGAUAAAGGACUAAAAGGGGAAGAAACAUGAAACAUGAAAAAUGAAUUUAACAGUGGUAUGAAAAACAGGAUAAUGUCUGGUGUAUGAAUAAUGCUUUAUCUACUCAUCAUUAAACAAUAUAUUUAAUUAUUAACUUAAAUACUUAAUAUUUAAAGAAACCUUCAAAUUUAUUGAUAAAAUUCAAAGCUUCUAAAACUGAGCUAAAUGUUUUGAUUAUGUUUUGAUUUGACAAUGAAA